AUGAAGAUACUAUUUGUAAUAAUUGAUGGUGUUGCUGAUGUUGGUACACCAGAGACAUAGUUUAAGACUCCUCUUUAAUUAGCUGAAAUUCCAACUUUAAAUCAAAUAGCUUCAACAGGAUUAGCCGGUUUAAUGGACCCAGUUGAACCAGGAUUAUCUUGUGGAAGUGAUACUGCUCAUAUGAGUAUUUUUGGUUAUGAUCCAUUUACAUAAUACAGAGGAAGAGGAGCAUUUGAAACUAUGGGUUCUGGAAUUGAUAUGCAAGUAGGAGAUAUUGCAUUUAAAUGUAAUUUUGCAUAUAUGCAUAAUGGAAUUGUUAAAUUAAGAAGAGUUGAUAGAGAAUUUCCUGAAUGGGGACUUCCUUUAAUUGAUGCACUUAAUACUUAACUUUAAACACCUAUCUAAAUAUAAGCUAAUCAUGCUACAGAACAUCGUAUUGGAUUAAAAGUUGUAUCAAAUCAUUAUUCUGGAGAAUUAACAGAUGAAAUUAUUGGUACUGAUCCACUUAAAGAUAAUCUACCUUUACGAUAAGCUAAACCUAAAGUAUAAUCUGAUAAAGCAAUCAGAACUGCAAAUAUUAUUAAUCAACUCUCUGAUUCUAUACAUUAAAUGUUAUCUCAACAUCCCAUUAAUCUAUAAAGAUAAUCAUAAGGAUUACCAACUGCUAAUGUAGUACUUUUAAGAGGAUGUGGAUAAAGAAUUUAAGUUUAAAACUUCUAAGAAAAAUAUGGGUUGAAAGGAGCUGUCAUAGCUCCUACUGCAAUUAUCUAAGGAUUAGGGAAAACUAUUGGUUUAGAAUGGCAUCAUGUUGAAGGAGCUACUGGAGAUUAUAAUAGUAAUUUCAUUAACAAAGGAAAAAAAGCUAUUGAAUUGUUAUAAAAUCAGUAUGACUUUGUUUUCUUACAUAUUAAAGCUGUUGAUGAUGCUGGUCAUGAUAAAAGCAAAGAUCUUAAAAUUAAAUAUAUAUAGAAAGUUGAUCAAAUGAUGCAUUACAUUGUUACUAACAUUUAACUUUAAGAUCUUGUUAUAGCUGUUACUGGAGAUCAUACAACUCCAUAUGCUUAUGUAGAUCAUACAUUUCAAAGUGUUCCAUUUAUAAUAAGUAAAUUGAGUUUACUUAAUGGAUAAAAGAAUGAUAUUUAAUUUAAUGAAAUUUCAUGUCUGAAAGGAGCUUUAGGUAGAUUUUGCGGUAAAUAAGUGAUGUAGAUUAUUAAAUAGUAUAGUUCAUGA